AUGAUCGAUGGGCAACAAGCGUCGCUCCUUGCAAUCGUCUGCUACACUCCAUUAAUCCGGGGAUGGUCGCUGCGUAUUGAAGUUGUGGGGCAAGAAAUCUUCGCCGAGGUGAACGACCGCGUACAAAUAGUGUGCCCGUACUCAUCGAUCCUGCCCGUCCACCAGUCGAUCAUCUACCGCGUGUCGCAGGACGACUUCUUUGACUGUCGACUAGGGCCUACUGCCAAAGAGGCUGGGCGAUGUGUGUCUCCACGAGAAGCCUCGUCACUUUCUCUCGCCUUCCGGUCUUUCUCACCGAAUCCAUUUGCGCUGGAAUAUCACCCAGAUCGCACCUACUAUUUCAUCUCGACUUCCGAUGGCUCAUCUGAAGGGCUCGACCGUAAAGUCGGCGGCCUCUGCGAGAGCCGGAAUCCCCCCCUACAACGCUCCCUCUACGAACUGGACCACCUUGGCAAUGAACUCGUCGAUCGAGUCGAAUUCCAAAUCCAUGAGAUCGGUGAUGCCGAGGCAUUCUCGUCGUCAGCAAGAAGUCGGCUCUGCUCCGCCAUCAUCGCAGCCGUGUUCCUGUUGUGCUUCUUU